UUUAACCCGUCUUCUCCCCUUCAUCUACACUGAUUGAAGUGGAUUUAACAGGUGACACCAAUAAGGGAUCAUAAACUAUCCAGGUGAAAGCGAUUACAUGGAAAGCUCAGGCAUCCUAAUGUUUUGUGCACUCCGUGUAUAUGUAUGUGCCUUAAAAACCCUAAGAGAAUAACCUCUUAAUGUUAAUCAGCUAUAAUUAAUGUAGUAUGCAAUAGUUACUUGAAAUAUAUCAUGAAAUAAAGUUUAUUUAAAGUUUACACGAAACUAGUGGCACUCUCUACAUGCAGACUAGAACAGACCCUCGUUUUUACCUGGCCAAUGAUAAUUCUACCAAUUUUGAAGGGCUGUUGCAGUCUCAUAUUUACGGUAGUACAUAUUUAUGUCACGUGUUGAAGGGAAGCGCGAUUGCAAUUGCCACGCAUCUCCCACAAGGAAUAUUGUUGCCGUUUAUCAACAUCUACGGAUUGUUUAUUGCACAUUAGCUUGGAAAUUGUAGACUAUUUACUUAACACAGAGAAUACAAAUCUGUAAUUUGGGCUGGACAAGAUGGCCAGCUGCAAUUUUCAGGCGCAGAUGGUAUCCAUUAUGGAGGUAUUAGCUAAAGCAGCUGUAGCAGAAAUAAACAAACGAGUUGAUGAUAGCUGUGCAGUUAUACGUUUGGAAAUGACCCAAAGCCAGCGAGAUAUCGAUGUACUGAAAAGGAAGUGUCAAGUGAUGGAGGGCGAGCUGAAGAAGACACGAGUCAGGAGAAAAGUUUUUUACCCCAUGGCAUCAGAGAGAUCUUCAUAUCCAGUCAAGAUUGUUUUGAACAAGCAGAGGAGUAACUCACAGUGGAGAGAUGGAGAGGUGGCUGUUGGAGAGGACUCUCAACCCCAGCCUACAGAUGUGGAGCAGAGAGCGGAGACUGAACCCAUACUGAUCAAAGAUGAGGAGACAGCAGAGGAUGUGUGGAAGACUGACCCUCAGGAAGAGCUCAGGAUCACUGGAGAGGAGUCUGGUUCCAAGCCUGGGCAACCACCAUCCUUUGAGCAACAGCACUGUGAUGAGGACUUCAUCACACAACCCAACAUAUCUCCUGAAUACUCAAAUUCUGAACAUCCAGACACACCCCGGCUCACAUCUACAGAGGUGUUCAGCACAGAGCAGCACCUGCCAGAUGAGGACUCACUAGAGCUAGUGAUGGUGAAGGACGAGAAAGAGGAGGAGUUGGAUCAGACCACAGCCCUGGCAGGACCUGACCAGUUUGUCAUGGAUGAGACUGAUGGGCAUCUGUGGACAUCUGUGGAUCCAGGCAGAGACACUGACCCUGAUGGCCACCCAAUUUUCUCCUUUCAUGCUUCAGAAGAGUACUCUCAGAAUAUCUCUAUUUUCCCAUCUCAUAGUGGGCUGCCAUCCGUUCCUACUAUGACAGAUGAUGUAGGGCCAUCACUUCACUCUUCUAUAGGGAAACCACAUGCUAACAUGUUCAGUGCAGCAGCACACAUGAAAAGACAUGUCAGGACAUUGGCUGAUGAGACUAGACAACAGAUGCCAGACAGACAGAACAGCGAGAGGCUGAACUCAAGUAAUGACGGAAAUAAUUUAGCACUACAGUCAAGGCAGCAUCAGUACAGGGCUUCAGAAGCAACAGUGAGAAUGAGUGAGUGCAUGACAGGGUCAAACAUGGCCACCACCUCCACCUUCUCUGGAUACAGCCUGAGUCGCAGUAGUUUUAACAUGGUGAAGAGAAUGAGGACUCAGUGGAGGUCGGUCGGCACCACCGAGAAGUGUUUCAGAGAGAAACCGCACACCUGCGAACAGUGUGGCAGGAGCUUCACCAAGCAGUGGAACCUGAUCAGACAUGCUGUGGUCCACAGCGGGGAGAAGCCAUACGAGUGCACACAGUGUGGGAAAUGCUUCACCCGGCGUUCCAGUAUGAAGUUACAUCAGAGAACUCACAUAGGAGAGAAUCCAGUGUCUCAAUACGUGGUACCCCGAUACCCCGGGGAUCCACACACAAGUGUUAUGUUGUCUCAGACCAGGUUGGACAAAUAGGGGCAUAAUUGUUCUAUAACACUUUGUAUGUGAAAAAUUGGUACAGAAGGUAUUUUGAGACAUUUGUACAAUAUUUUUCUCCCAAUUGAUUUGUGAAAUGGUUUCUGUUGUCCUAACUGUCAUUUUAACAACCUAUUUAUAACUGGUAACAUUAUGAUUUUGUGGUACAGAAAUGCAAACAUGUUAUAUUCAUAAAAAUGUAUUUAAUGACAGAGUCAGUCUGUGAUUUUAGAUCAAUAAUACAGUAGGAGCCAUUUAGUAUGUAUUGUCUAGUUAGUGUUUGUCUAUCUGGGAUGUUACUUCUUGCCACAAGGGACAGUCUCAUAUCAGGUCAGGUUAAUAACUCAACUUGAUUUCCCAAGUUAUAUUUUCGCGUUACUCUGCUGCCUUAAAAUGUUUAGUUACUCAAAACUAGGCAACGACAUAUUUGUUUCAGUGUAAUAUACUAUACAUGCUCUUACAGCUUUACAUUUUACGUUUAGAAACAACACUUUUGCUGUGUACAUUGACUAAACUGACGCUGCACCGGUACUGUAUAAAACUGGUAAUCUGAAUCAAAGACCAUUAGAUACUGUAGAUCAAGGAUGGGCAAGUUUGAUGGGGGUGGGGGCCACAAAAGAUGUGAACUCAUCAUGAGGGGCCGCAGUGGCUCUCGUGUCUACGUACCCACAUCCAUACCCACACAGUCAGAGCCAGCCCUAAACUUUUUGGGGCCUUGUGUGUAUAUUUCUUUCGUUUUUUUGGAAAUUGAUCUGUGGGCCUACAACAGGUGAGCCGCCAGUUGCCAAUCCCUGCUGUAGAUAGCUAAAUAGAUAAUAUAAAUAAAUUGAUAUGAUUGGUUUGAGUUAUUCACUGGUUCAAUGAUUUGCCAAUCAACAGACGCGGUAGGUUGCUGCGUCUUGGUUGUGCCGGUGCGAAGUGAACGUAGGAACAGUCUUACCUCUCUUUCUUAUUCUUGUGUUUACCUCUACGUCACUCCGAAACUCGAGAGGAGUGACAGUGACAAUGUGUUAGGGGUGGGAUGGUAGGGGUCAGGGGAAUGGAGAGGUGGGGUCAGGUUCAGAGGCUUCAUGUUCUACAACCGGCCUGCAGUCACAACGUGCAGUUCAAUUGACUUCCGCUGCAGUGAGAGGGCCACAGUAGAGCUCGCUAGCUUGUAGUCCUAAAAAACUGAAAUGAGUUAGCCAUGGCUCGUUGGUCAAAGCCUAUGGGGAUUUUGGAAAAUACGCCAAAAAUAAGGUCUGAGGUUAACACAGGCAUGGUCUGAGGUUAACACAGGCAUAGGAGACCUUAUAUUAGUUAUUAUAUUAAAUAAUGUCUUUCAGUUAACAUGACCUUUAAGUAUUAUGAAGCCUUUAUGUGUUUCAUGUGUUUGUUUUGAUGACAUUCUGUAAAUGCUUCAAAAUUAACAUUAACUGAUGAAGAUUACCUCUUAGCACAAAACGUAUAAGAGCUCCUAAGCCUGUGUUUACCACUGACCUUAUUUUCGGCGUUUAUCCAACCCCCCCG